AUGAAACUUCUGAUUCCAUUGUGUUGUACGCUUUUGGUGGCCGCGGUUUCGGCCGGCGUUCAAAGCAUCGCCGUUCAGGGUAUCCUGACCUGUGACGGAAAGCCAGCUGCUGGAGUGGUGAGUUUUUGAAUUGCAGUAUACUUUUUGAAUAAUAAAACUUCAUCUUACCUUUUACUUACUAAAUAUUCACCUUAUAAACUCUCUCUUUCUCUCUCCCUCACUUACUCUGACACAUUAAAGUCCCUGUUUCUAUUAUAAUUCACCGCCUUUCAGAAAGUCAAACUCUACGAUGUGAACCGAGUAAGCACGGAUAACAAGCUUGCUGAAGGAAAGACUGACGCUCGCGGAUACUUCAACCUCCAAGGAUCUGAGAAAUCCGUCUUCACCCUCAAGCCCAAGUUUAAUGUCUACCACAAAUGCCAUUACUUCAACCCCAUCCCAACGUGUUAUCAAAAGUUCGCUGUUAACAUCCCAUCAAGGUACAUCACAGAGGGCGCCAUUCCCCAAAAGACUUUUGAUGCCGGAAGGUUCAAUUUGGAAGCCAAAUACCCAGGACAGGAGAGGGAUUGCGUCAACUAA